UGUUUUAUAUUGUAGUAACAUACUAUAGUGAAUGCAUGCGAAAAGAAAACUUCAACAAUGACAGUGACUUUAUUAGGCAAAUUUUUUAAUUUUUAUAAUCAUGAUGCAGAUUUUUUUAAAUUAGUAUUGUAAUUCUAAUAUAGGAAACUUUUACGAAAAGGUUAAACAUGUCUUAAUUGUUUAAUGUUUCAAAAUGAAGUUACAUACAACAUUCUGCUUAAAUGGACUAAAUCACUUGUGGAAAAUGUCAAGAAAUGGCAAGAACUUGAUAAACUGCACAGAAGAAAACAGCAACGUUCAUGUUGUAAUUAACAAUGACGCCGUUAUGGGUUUCCUUAGCAGAACUUCGAGAAUAUGAACGCAGAAGAAUGAGCGGGAAUUUCACAGUAGCAGACGACAAUGAAGCAUAUGACGAUUCCAUCCUACCAUUGCUGACCAUUGCACAUGAUUUAUACAUAUAUUAUGUUCCAGUUAUCAUUUGCCUCGGGACGCUUUUAAACCUGUUCAUUACUCUGGUGUUAUUGAAAACACGUUUACGAAAGAGAUUUCACUCACAUAUUGUCGCGGCCAUUGCAAUUUGCGACAUUGGAUUUUUAGUGGCUUUGCUAUUUAUUUGGAUUAAGGAUCAGGGUAUUGAAAUAUACAGAGUUCCCGGAUUAUGUCAAAUGGUCAUAUUCAUGAGUCAUUUCUUUCCGUUUUUGUCAUUUUGGCAUAUGAUUGCUACAUGUUUCAUUAUAAUGAUAUGUCCUAAAAAUCAUUGUUUGACACAUACUUGCAACAAUGUUGGCAAAGCAAGAACAUUGGUAAUUUCUCUUUCGAUAUUUACGUUUACUAUAUACAUCUAUAAGACUUGGACAAACGGAGUUGUAAGCGUAAAUGGAGUAAAAUUCUGUACGAUUCUACCGGAAACGGAAGCAGCCAUGAGCAUCUUAAACAUUUUGGACAUGGUUGUUCUACUCCUGUUGCCAUUUUUCUUGUUGAUAUUCUUUCAAAUUCUUACAGUUAUCAAUUUCAUCCUGAAAACUGUUGUUACCAAGAGUAUAGGAAGAUCAUAUCUUUGCAGAGACUAUUUCAAAGUGAUCUUUGCAUAUUCCAUUUGUUUUCAUAUAUUUGUUGGUCCGGGAUGUAUUUCAAAGAUAUUAGUUUUAUUCCGGAUGACACAUGAUAAAACUCCAACUUACAAUUUCAAGGAUAUAAUUAUCGAAAAUUUCAUCCAAUAUAUAUUUUACACUUACUUUGCCGUCAAACCAUUGGUCUAUAUGAUUGUCUCCAGGUCUUUCAGGUAUCAUUUUAAGGAGCUUAUUUCAAAGGCAAAGCAAACUAUAAAUAUAACACGAACUUUGGUUGCCAACAGUCAGUCUCAAGAACAAACCUUGUUGUAAAUGCGUAUAAACAUAAACGUUAAAACCAUUUGGAGAUUAAGAUUUCCGGUUGCGAACGAACACGAGGCGUUCUACUUCAACUUAUUGAAUUACACAGGAAAUGUAAUGUCCGACUAUAGUUUCGUGUUUUAUUGUAGUGGAAACGUCCCAUGGAUUUAAAGGAUUAAAGUAUCUGUUACUGAGGUUAACGAUUGAGCCCACUUGUCAUGUAAAUUUGAAUUCAAUUUCCUAUGUUCGUGUGCAAAGUAUGGUGUGGAUGCUUGAGAAAUAUUGCGUUUUUGAUGACAUUUAUUCACUCAAAGAAGAUGGAAAAUCAGUUUUUAAAUAAUGAUGUUACGGCCAUGACAUAAGACAAAUUUGUUGAAAGUAACACCAAGCAAGAAUGGCACAAAAUUAACUUUUAUCAUGUUUUUCAUUCGAAUAAACUUGCCUUUAGAUAAACUCAGUUUCAUGAAUUCAUGAUCAGUUUGUAAUAUCUAUAACAUAAUUCUGAUUAGUUGAAUUGCACGAUAAUUUAAAUGUAUGUUUGUUCAAUAUUACAUAUGUAUACUCAUUACAAUUGAAAAAGUUUUCUAAAACUUAUAUUAUUAUUUCUUUUGCUUAUAACUGGUAACAUUUUAAAAUAUCCAAUGCUAUAUUUUCAUACAGACUAAAUGGUCUCUAAACAUAAUCAGUAAACCUUAAUAGUUUAAAUACAAAUAAUGAUAAAUUACAUAGUAUCUGUAUUACUUAUAAUUCCAUUAAAAUACACUUAAAUUAUGCCAUCAUCAAAACUUUCAUCAGCAAAUCCAUACCGGUGACGUCAUGAAACGGGUGUUUACAUAAUUUAAAAAUUAAUUGGGUAACAUGCUGCAUUCCAAAAUAAGCCAUCAUUGGAAUAAUUUGAACUGAUUGAUUGAAUGUUAUAUAAUUUUAUCUUUGAUUAGGUAUUGUCAUUGUCCUCUUAAUUUUUUGCCUGGCUUAAUUUCAAUUUGUGAAAGAAUUUUGAUUAUAUGAAAAGUUCAUUUCAAUAGUGUACAUUAAAUUCGUUUCGGAAUAAGAAAAAGCGAGAAUUGCAAAUGCGCUUGUAAGAAAGCCUGCAUUUUAUUUGAAAUUAAACCAGUAAAGUAGUGUUUGCUAAUUAUUUCAUAUUUCAUAUCCAAACAUGUUUUUAUAUAUAUAUGUCUGUGUUCAUUUAUUCAAAUACCUGAAACAACAUAAAACGAAUAAAAAGAAAAGGUAGUUAAUG